AAGCUUUGUUUCAGUACGCUUUUGUUGAGCGCGCGAAACUGGGUUGUAUGCAAAUGUCGGAGUUGUUUUCACGGAUAUUUGCAUGAAAUGUGCAUUCAACCAUCCAACCAGGACACAGUGUCAGAGGUUGUCAUUGAGGCAGAUCGUUUACGAUGCCAUGCACACAGUGAGCGCAUAGCAAAUACAUGUAGAACGUUUGGGGCUUUUACCACUUGGCUGUUUUCAAAGUUUUUAUUUGGGUAUUUACUUUGGGAGACUUCUCCUGAAGUUCCGGCGUUUUCUGAGAUCGAAUCGCGCGUGAGUAUGCCAUCACAGAGAGACAAUUUGAAAAGUGAUCCACGAGAGAUGGAGGAUGCCGCGGCCAACGGUGAAGCGGCGAACCUUCAGUGCAGUGAAAGCCCCGCGAUUUCUUCAGGAAGGAAUCUGUUGAGUUCAAUCAAAACUUUCCUUUGGUCGCCGUCGAAAGAUAACGAGAAAGAUCGCCCUGCGAAACGCAAACGGUCCGACUCUGAUAGCGAAGAUGAGGAAGACGCGAUAAUCACUUCAAAUCUCCUCAAGAAACGAAAAUUUACUACCGAGACAACGGUUGUAAAUUCUGUUACUACGAAGUCCAUUACCGACGGGGAACCCUCAAAGCGCAAAUCGCUCCUUGGAACGUUGUUCUCGCCGGUUUUUACUUUCUUCGGAAAGAAUGGUCACAUCCAACCGGUCGGAAAGGAAGGACAACUAGUUUCAGCUAAUUCGACAACAAGUGGAUCUCGGAUUUGUGGCGCGACUUAUGGCGAAGAAAACACUCAAUGGCACCAGAGUUCAUCGACCGUGAAUAAGGGCGCUUUAGCCGCAUCGAACGGCGACGUAAAUGGAAAUGUUGGUGAUGAUAUUCCGGAAUCUUCAUAUUCUGAGUGUGAGUGGGAAGUUGAUGAUCCGUUUUAUUUCAUUCGGAACCUUCCUCCACCAGGGGAAGGCGAAGAUGGCAAGAGUCGCGGCCCUGUUUUACCUUUACAAACACGGAGCACACCGGAAUUUUGCCUCGUGCUCGAUCUCGACGAGACACUUGUCCACUGCAGUCUUAACAAACUGGAAGAUGCCAAUUUGUCGUUUCCUGUUCUCUACCAAGACAUCUGCUAUCAAGUGUUCGUCCGAACCAGGCCACAUUUAAAGCGCUUUCUCGAGCGAGUGGCCAGUAUGUUCGAGGUUAUCCUUUUCACUGCCUCGAAGAAAGUCUACGCGGACAAGUUAUUGAAUAUCUUGGAUCCCGGGCGAAAAUAUUUUCGACAUCGUCUCUUCCGCGAACACUGUGUUUGUGUGCAGGGGAACUACAUUAAAGAUUUGAAUAUUCUCGGUAGGGACUUAGCUAAGACAAUGAUUGUGGAUAAUUCACCUCAAGCGUUCGCUUACCAAAUAUUUAAUGGCAUUCCUAUUGAAAGCUGGUUUGUGGAUCAGGCCGAUCGAGAGCUUCUCGAACUUCUUCCCUUCUUGGAGAUGAUUGCAACACGAAAAGACGACGUAAGGCCGCAUAUCAGAGAUAGGUUCAGAAUGCAUGAGCGCUGGGUUUAGGUGAUCGGUUUUACACGUGGAUUUUAAAUACAGGUGAAACUUUGUGACUAACAAAAUUUAGCUUAUCUAAAAAAAAAAAACUUUAGUCUCAAACAACCUUGAACCUUUUGGUGGUUUUCGAAAUUUUUAGUCUUGUAAGGACUUCUUUUUACAUAUUUUUACCCUUUCAUUGAAGGGAUCGCAAUUUUAUUAAUCGUGACGAACUUCAGGAGUGAAAGAUUUUUAGGAGUAUCAAAAAUAUUGAGUGUCAUGUUAUAUAUAUACAACAGGAGACCGCCAUGAUAGGCGAGAUAAAUAUCAGACUUAAACACAUUUAAGAGCUUUCUUAAAAUGUUUUUAUAUAGAAACCAUGAUUCAUGUAUAGAUGAAGAACUGACGAAAUAUUUCUUGCCUGUUGGAAAAUUUCGCGUUGUAAUCAGUGAAUGUAAAGUUUGUUUCUUCUAACACAUUCUCCACAAUUUUAGCAAACACAAUUUCAAUUGUAAAGAUUUUUAUGAAAAUAUAUGUAAACACGUAGCGUAGUUAUGUAUAUAUAUAUGUAUAUGGUCGGAAGUAAAGCAGUUCUAACUAGUUUUUAUUUGUACAGUUUCAGAGCUGCUUGAGAUCUUGUUUUACAACAUUUUAAUACUAUUCAAAAUGUAUUAUAAUUAUUUGGGCGUACGCAUGGUUAAAUUAUUCCAACUCGAGAAAUUUGAUUUUCAUUUUAAAGUUGAUAACUUUGAGGUCACAUGUGUGGCUCCUGUAGGCCCGAAGAAAGCUACAAAUAUUUUUCACAAAUGUUUAUUGGGUAGGUUUUCAUCCGUUCAAUCACUUGUUAUUGAAAUGUAGCACUGUUUGUACCUAAUGGGAAGGAAAUAUUUGAGUGUAUUGUUUGUUGUACCUUACUACAUUUGAAAAUGACAUGUUGUAUACUGUAUCUAAGUAAACAGUUUCUCUAUGGA